AUGCACAUAAUCGAUCCAAGCCGAUAUCCGUUGGCCGCUGAUGCCCCAUAUACACCGGGCGUCCAUUCAACUUGGGACGCGGUGACGUUCGAGAACAGCGUGGACAUGAGGAACAUAAUCAUUGUGCAACCGUCCAUCUAUGGCAAUGAUAACAGUGCUCUGCUAGACGCAUUGAAAGCACUGGGCCCCAAUCGAUCACGGGCUGUCGUUGUCUUCGACGAUACAAAGAUCGACAACUCGACUCUGCAGCAGUGGCAUACCCUGGGUGUUCGUGGUGUGCGACUGAACCUGGCUUCCGUGGGUGCAGACCCGGACAUCGAAUCUUUCAAAACGACAGUCUCUGCUUACGCUUCUCUUGUCAAACCGCUUGGCUGGAUGGUGCAGAUAUACGCAUCUAUGGACAUACUCCCCGGGCUCGAAUCCACCAUACGAGAUACCCCUGACGUCAAUUUUUGUUUCGAUCACUUUGCACAACCAAGCAAGCCCAAGACAAAUUCGACCGGGCCAUUUGAUCCAUACACUAUCACUGGCUUCUCUUCUUUGAUCACGCUGUUGCAAGAGGGGAACACAUGGGUCAAAUUCUCGGCCCCAUAUAGGGUUGAGCUAGAUUAUGAUCAGCUCGAUGCUCUGGCAAAGGAAGUGCUGCAUGUUCGUAGUGAUAGAGUGGUCUUUGCGACUGAUUGGCCGCACACGAGGUUUGAGGGAUUGAACAUCAGGCCUUUUGAGGAGCGUGUGCUGGAGUGGGCACGAGAGGCACGUAGCGUUGAUAAGGUGUUUUCGGCCAACGCAAAGGAGCUUUGGGAUGUUCAGAGAUAG